AUGGAACGUUGGUGUACCACGCAUCACAUGCGAGAAUUGAUGGAUGAGUUCGUGGUUGAGUUUCUUCGCGCCGAGGCGGCGUCGGCGCCAGUGGAAUCGGACCCUGCUGUGAAAGGCGUUGCUGCCGUCGCUACUCCAGCCGCUAGCUUCGCGGUGCCGCCUGUUCCACAGGUCUACGGUGAGCUUUACACGCGCUAUGGUGGUCAAGCCUACGCUUACCACGCGGGUGAGCUUGUCGGGACGUCGUCUCGCCAACCGCCGACCAUCGCUGCUCUCCGCGCCUUUCUGAAGCGCAAGUGGGAUUCGAAGGCGGCAUGGCAGUCGGCGCACCCAUACAUCGUUCUGCUCGUCGAGGGUGGCGCAGCCGCGCGAGAGUUGCGUGAGGCGUCAGCCUCGUCCUCAUCGCUUUCACUGCCGCUGCACCCUGCCGAGCCGCCGUCGGCGCUGGCGCCCUUCUCAUCCACAGUACGGUUGACGCAGGAGGCGGCCUUUUCUUCUAUUGUGGCAGUAGCGGCGCAGUCGGUAGCUCGAAGUGUUGGCGGGAUCGUGCAGUCUUUGACGCCUGGGCUGCUGCCCGAACCGGACGCAGUGUUGCUUCCACGGCAUCGACCGCUGGAGCAGCAGCAGCAGCUUCUCCAGGAGCUCGCGCGGGACAUAGCGAGCAGGACCGGAGUACCCAUGGUGGGCACUCCAUCGUUUGCAGGUGGUGGUACCACUGCUGUCGUUGCUGCGCAAUCCACCUCGAUGGCGGCGCAUGGAUCAGCAGCAGCGCAACGCACGCCAGUUGUGUUUGCCGACGAGCGGUGGCCCUACACCAUCGCAGAUGGUCUGGCGCUGGAGGGCCUUCUGGGCUCUCCAGUCGCCGUGUUCUCCGUGUCGAUAGACGAGAGGGACAGAGCAGAGGCGGGCAACACAGUCGAAAACAGUAGCGCUGUUGCCUCUGACGGAACCUCAUCAGCGCUCUUGCAGCGCGUACCCUGGAGGGGCUCGAGCGCGCACGCAGCCCUAUUAGAGUACUACGCGGCCAAGAAGAAGCUGACAGAGCUGACGGUGCCGGCCGGUGUCUGUCGCGCUGUGGCACAGGCGGCGUCACCGCCGCACGACGUCUCCUUGAAUGCGGCGGCAAGGGCGGCUGCGGAGUCGCUGGCGGAGCAGAUCGCAUGCCAUUUGCAUUAG